AUGCUUACACGGGGUAAAGAUGGUAUACGAAAACCCAAUCCCAAGUAUGUCCUUCAUGCUUCUAUUUCUAAUGAUUUGGUUGAGCCCUCUUGUUAUAGUCAAGCUAUUAAACAGGAACAAUGGAGUCGUGCUAUGAGCGACGAAUUCAUUGCUCUUCAGCGUGCUGGCACUUGGACUUUGGUUCCUCCUGCACCUUGGAUGAAUGUGUUGCCUAAUAAGUGGGUUUUUUGCAUUAAACGUAAGUCUGAUGGUACUAUUGAUCGUUUCAAAGCUCGCCUAGUAGCUAAUGGAUUUCAUCAGCAGGAGGGGGUGGACUAUGGUGAAACCUUCAGUCCCGUUGUGAAACACUCAACCAUUCGCCUUAUCCUUGCAGUUGCGGUCAAUUUUCGCUGGCCUAUUCGACAACUUGAUGUGCAAAAUUCUUUCCUCCAUGGUUAUCUCUAUGAGGAUGUGUAUAUGAAGUAG